CGGGUGCUGUCAGAGUCGGGGCGCCCCUUAAAGACAAUACAGAAACACACACGGCAUUCAUAUGGCUACCACCGCACAUUUCGGCAGCCCGGAUCGCCAAAGCCACCGCCCCAGAUGCUCCGCAUGGCAGGGCUGCCGCCGCAGCCCCUGCAUUGAGGCUGCUCCCUGCUCGCCUCCCCUCAAGGUCAAGAGAGGCGAAGGAAAGGGGAAAGAAGCCCAAACCUCACCGGGGCCGUCCCGCCGGAAACGCUACCGCCAAGCUCCCUUGGGAUGCUCCCCGCCCUUUGCCGCCCGAACGAAACGCGAUGGCCGCCCCUACUCCACCCCACCCCCCCACGGACGCAUCAGAGCCACGGCGUCCUCCGUCACCGCCUCCGCCGCCGCCUCCGCCUCCUCCUCGUCCUUCCCCGGCUGAAAUCCGCUACCUCCCGCAUGGUCCCCCCGAGGGAGAAGCCGCAAGUCGCCCACCGGCUCCGCGGGGGUUACGCGGGACCCUGCGGCAUCCGCUGGUGCGCAGGGAAGUGUUUGCCGGGCCAGAGCUCCCCCCAGCCCCGCGGAGUUCCCGUCGGCCCCUCCGCUACCGGUGGGUGAGGGGAGCCACGAUCGCCACCCCCGCCGCAGCCGGAGCGGGGGACCAGGCUCCCCCUUCCCCGCCGGGGCAGGAUGGAGAGGAGCCCUAGCGCUGACGAUUACAUAAAUUGUGUGGCUCUUCCCUGAUGCUCCAUAAAUGGCCACUGGUCCCAAAUUAGCAUGUGGGUACUAUGAUUGAAGAAUAUGAAGUCCUUAGUUAUAAUGUUUGUAACCGAGUUCAACAGCAUUUAAAUAAAUUUCUUCUGGAUGCGACAGUUUAAAGACAUCUGUUGGGUUGGGUUAAGUAACUCUGGCCUUCGAAUGCAACUGCUCAGACUUUCUUCAAAACAGCAAAGUUCCUCUCUGUUGUAGAUUACCCUGUAUUAUUGUCAGUCCUUUGUUGAUAUAUUUGUGGUACCUGUCUCUCUCUCUGUUUAAAAGCAGGAGUAUUCUGAGAUUCUGAUCCUACUCAGCAGUAGUUGCAUUGACACUCUGUUUGCAAGCAGCUGGUUACUAGAGGCUGAAGCCAAUGUCAUCAUUUUGUUUGUGUUGUCAUGCUGAGUCCAAACUUUGCCAUUUAAAUACAACCAGAUGUUCCUUAGCAGAGCCAUUUUGAAUGCAGAAUAUUACAGUACAAGCCCAUCAGUGCUGAUCCCACUCUUCCACCUUUGCUUGUAGUGCACUCCUGUUACUUUUCUCUUAAUUACUGAAUUACCCUGAAACGUUUGUACAAUACAAAUAAAUUUGGACCUUUAAUAAAA